AUGGGGUUUUUAAAACAAAUUAAUGUCGAAAACUUCAAGUCCUGGCGUGGAAAACAGAUUAUUGGUCCGUUUAUGCGGUUUAACUGCAUAAUUGGCACUAACGGCUCUGGUAAGUCCAACGUGAUGGACGCCCUGAGCUUCGUGAUCGGGGAGCGGGCGGCGGCGCUGAGGGUCCGGCGCCUGAGGGACCUGAUCCACGGGGCCCACAUCGGGCAGCCCGUGUCCGGCUCCGCCAGUGUGGCCCUGCAGUUCUGUGACGACAGGGACACAGAAACCGUGUUUUCACGGACAAUUGCAGGAGACUCCUCUGAAUAUUGCAUCGAUGGUGUCACUGUCACGUUUUCCAGAUACACCGAGGAGCUGGAAAAGAUUGGAAUUGUGACCAAAGCUCAGAACUGUCUGGUGUUUCAGGGGGCGGUGGAGUCCAUCGCUCUGAAGGACCCGAAGGAGCGCACCAAGAUGCUGGAGUGCAUCAGUCAGUCCAAGGCGUGCGCUGCUGAAUACCAGGCCAAGAAGGAGGCCCUGCUGAAGGCUAAAGAGGACACGCAGUUUCACUUCAACAAGAAAAAAUCAGCCACUGUGGAGAAGAAAGAAGUGUUCAAAGAAAGAAUAGAGGCAGAGAAAUACCAGGCGUUGGUGGAUGAUCUUCACCACAACCGUCUGCAGCUGAGUCUGGCUGAACUUUACUGCAACGAGACGUCCAUCCAUGCCGUUGGCGAGACGCUGAGGCAGAGGCAGCAGGCUGCGGCAGCUAAGAACAACGAGCUGGUCGGCAGGGAGAAGACGGUCAAAGCCCUGAAGAAGGAACACGGCCGCCUCACGAGAGAGCAGCAGCUCACCGAGAAAGAGAUCCGUGGUCUGGAACAUGCGCUGUCCCAGUCUCAGUCCCAGUACAUCAAAGCCAAAGUAAACUCCUCCCAUCACCUGAAGAAGAACAAGGAGAUCCGGGAUGCUGUGAAGAAGAGCCAGAAGUUGUUGGCUAUUAAAGAGCAGGAGCUGGCAGAGGGUCGGCAGGAAAUCGCUGAACUGAAGAAAACCUGGAAGACGUACGAGAAGAAGAUCCAGGAGGAGGGAGUCGCGCGGGGAAGAGGGAUCGAGCUGGACCAAGACCAGUUCGAGCGAUACAAGGAGCUGAAGGAGUUGGCCCGGAAACAGGGCGCCGUUCUGCGCCAGCAAGCAGAGAAGUUGCACUGGGAGGUGAGAGCCGACAAUGAAAAGAUGGCCUUCGACGAGCGCCGCAAGAAGGAAGUGGAGGUUGCCAUCAGAAACAGUCAAAUUCACCUGGAAGAAUUGACAGGCAGAGCAGAGAAACUGGAGGAGUACACCAAGACCUGCAAAGUGUCUCUGGAGGAAUCCCGUCAGCAGGAGGAGAGCUUGACGUCAGAGCUCCAGUGGGUCAAUCAGCGCAGCGCGGAGCUGAACCAGGAGCUGCUUCAGGUGACGGAGGAGCUGAGAGACGCUCGUCUGGACAGACACGAGAGCAAGCGGCAGCAGCAGCGCAGAGAGCUGCUGGAGAAGCUGCGCAGACUCUACCCAGAAACUGUGUUCGGCCGGCUGUCUGACCUGUGCGGCCCCAUCCAUAAGAAGUACCUGCUGGCCGUCACCAAGGUGUUCGGCAGCAGCAUGAACUCAAUCGUUGUGACUUCGGAGAAAGUAGCCCGGGAAUGCAUCUCGUUCAUCAAAGAGGAGAGAGCCGAACCGGAGACGUUCCUCCCUGUUGACUAUUUGGUUGUGAGUCCGCUGAACGAGCGUCUGAGGGAGAUUCCCGGAGCCACGCUGGUGGUCGAUGUGAUCAAGAUCAAUAAUUCAGCAAACGCUGCCCAGCUGAAGAAGGUGGUGCAGUACGUGUGCGGCAACGCGCUGGUGUGUGACAGCAUGAAGGACGCCAGGAGUGUGGCCUUCGACCGGCACGAGCGCGUCAGGACGGUGACCCUGGACGGGACGCUGUUCAAACCGUCAGGGGUUAUCUCUGGGGGCUCCAACUAUCUGCGGACCAAAGCUCGCUGCUGGGACGAGAAGGACAUGAUGCAGCUGAGGGAUCGCAAGGAUCAGUGGACGGCUGAGCUGCGGGAUCUGAUGAAGCGGAAGAGGAAGGAGACGGACCUCAAACUCCUCACUGCUCAGGCUCAGGGUGUUCAGACUCGCCUCAAAUACUCCAAAGCUGAUCUGGAAAACCUCCAAAAGAAAGUCGUCCCCAGAUGUCAAGCGGACAUAUCUCGCAUGGAGAGCGAACUGGCAAACCUGGACUCUCAGAUUCAGAUGCAGCAGGAGAGUCUGGAGGCCAAGAAUGAGAGGAUGGAGAUCAUUAGACACCAGAUUGACCAGAUGGAGGACCUGGUUUUUGCUGACUUCUGCGCUGAGAUCGGUGUGGACACCAUCAGACAGUACGAGCAGGAAUACCUGAAACAGCAGGCGGAGCUCGACAAGAAACGGCUGGAGUUUGAAAGUCAGUUUGCUCGCCUGAAUGCACAGCUGGAAUACGAAGAAGACCAACUGGAAAAGGAGCGCAGGAAGCUCAGCAAAAGGGAGGAGAGCAUCGCGGAGGUGGAGAAAACCAUCGAGGAGCAGAGAGAGGAGGAGAUGAAGCUGCUGGAGGCUGUGGAGGACGACCAGAAUAAACUUCUGGGGCUGAAGAACCAGCUGCUCUCCAAGAAAAGCCUGGUGGCUGCUGCCAAAACUGAGCUGGGCCAGAAAACUCAGACUCUUCAGGGGAUUAACAAAGAGCUGGUGAAGCUGCAGCGGGAGGUGAUGUUUGCAGAGUCGGCCUUGGAGCAGAAACGUUUGGCUCGACACAACCUGCUGCUGGCCUGCAAGAUCCGGGGCUUCCCCAUCGGCCUGCUGUCGGGGAGCCUGGAUGACAUCAGUGAGGUCCAGCUGGACGCAGAGUCAGAAAGUACUUCAGCCACUGCGGACAUCUACGAGAGAGAGUCUCAGCUGGUCAUCGACUACUCCCAGGUGGAGGCCGAUCUCAGGGAUCUGACCGAAGGGCAGACGGAUUCCUACCUGGAGAAGCUGAAGGAGGCCGUCGCCUCCACAGAGGCGGCGCUUCAUCACACCUGCCCCCCCAACCUGAAGGUCCUGGAGAAGAUCAGGGACGUGAAGGACAAGUUACAGGGAGUCAAUGAAGCGUUUGACACCAGCACUAGAGCAGCCAGGAAGUGCAGUCAGGAGUUUGAGCGAAUCAAAUCCCGGCGCUUCCAUCUCUUCAGCCAGUGUUUUGAGCACGUGUCCAUUGUAAUCGAUCAGAUUUAUAAAAGAAUAUGCAGGAACAGCAGCGCCCAGGCCAUUCUGAGCGCCGAGAAUCCAGACGAGCCGUACCUGGGGGGCAUCAACUACAACUGCGUGGCGCCAGGGAAGCGCUUCAUGUCCAUGGAAAAUCUGUCCGGCGGAGAAAAGGCCAUCGCUGCUCUGGCUCUGCUGUUCUCCGUAAACAGCUUCCGACCCGCCCCGUUCUUCAUCCUGGAUGAGGUGGAUGCAGCUCUGGACAACACCAACAUCGGCAAGGUGACCAGCUUCAUCAGGGAGGAGUCCAGGCAGAACAUGCAGAUCAUCGUCAUCUCGCUGAAGGAGGAGUUCUUCUCCAAGGCCGACGCCCUCCUGGGCGUCUACUCCGGCUUUGAUGAAUACAUGUUCAGCCAGAUCCUGACCCUGGACCUGCGGCCGUUCCCCCUGGAGGAGGAAGGAGACCGGCAGAGGGAGGGAGCAGCCGGAGGACGGGAUCUCUUCACCCCGGACUCACGAGCCUGAGCCCGUCCUCGUUCUCCAGCUCCUUUUUACAUCGUUGUGGUCGUUCAGUGUUUGUGUCUCUGGAGUCGUGGAGUAUUUAAUGACGGCCGCUGUGUUUUAU